CCGUGCAUUUUUGGAGCGAUACCCAUCCAAUAUUCAUUGAUUAUACAAUAUUCAUAAUAAAUUUGGUCUUGUGAGGAAUUCGUAUUCUUCGUGCGCACAUGUAACAAUUUUUCGAGAAGUAUGAGAUCACAGGAGGAGGACCUUGUUAUAUCGCGUUUUCUCGAUAUCACACGUGUUGGUUAACUUUUUCCUAUAUUCUUUACGGUCUUUUCGGUAACUCCCUGGUAGAUCAGCUUGAUAACUUAUGCGUUGACGCAGUAUUCAUCGAUGUUCAUAGCGAUGAUGGAAGUAGAUCAAGGCAACUUUGAAAACGGUAUCCAAAGACUGAGUUGUAUUAUGCCACGGAAUAGUUGUGUGACAGUACCAAAGGCAGUUGAGGCGAUAGAAGCCAACAUUGAUCAUUUUCGCACAAAUGCCUUCCCCAAGAGCACUGACAAAUUAUGGAGAGAGAUGAGUGAACACUGUUGUAACAAAAAAUGGAAACCUCUCACUUGGUAUGCAAAUGUAACUGAGGAUAGACGUGAAAUUUUGACUAUUGCUCGACGGAAUAAGAAUGUCAACGUACCUGCUUCUCAACCUGCUCCAACUAUUGACGAGACUCUGAAUGCUUCACGGGAUGAGAGGUCGUACCAGGAGGAAACAAAUUCCGAAGUGGAUGAAAAUGCAACAACAUUCACCUUAACUUUAACGCCAGCGGACCAGAGGACCACCCACACCCUGAGGCCACACGUAUGGACAAAUGUUAUCAGUGAUUUAUUUUAUCAGGAACAUCGUCUGCCCUGUGCAUUUACCUUCAAAAGAGGAGACGUUUAUACGUCACAUGACAGGAAACAUUUUAUUAAAAUUGUUGGAUAUUGUCUUGAUGAGAAGUGCGCCAAUCGUUUUGUAGGCAUUGCAGUCCAUGUAAUGGCGAGAAGAGGAGAAUGGUCGGGAGGACAGCUCUAG